AUGGCUGGCCCCGACCCCUUGAAUCAGAGUGCAGAUUCGUCAUCAAAACAGCCCACAUCGAAUUCAUGCGUGGUCUGCCACAACCGAAAGGUCAAAUGUGACCGGCAAGACCCAUGUUCAAAUUGCUCAAAAGCGGAUGUGGAAUGCAUCUACCGGGCUCCACCCCCUCCUCGUCGUCGCAAGAGGGAGACUGGGAGCGUGUCUCAGGGACGCGGGAAAUCUCUUAGACGCGAUGAUCCCGACGGCAGUGGCUCUGUCACUCCGAACCGAGGGAGAAUGGGCCAGGCUUCCACAAAGAAAAGUGGAUCUGGGAGGAUGAUCAUGAAAGAUGGCAAUUCUGUCUAUCUCGACACUAAUCUCUGGACAAGUGUUAGUAAUGAGCUCCCAGAUGCAGCAGACGUAUUGGGUGAUGUAUCGGAUAGCGCCGCCGAUGACUUUGAUCAGGAUGCUGGCGACGAGGUCGUAUUACUGUCGACCUCGGCGACCAGGGAAAGCCUUACAGGAUUGCAUCCGAAUCCCUUGCACAUCUUCAAGCUGUGGCAGGCAUUUCUCGAAAAUGUGAACCCUCUCACUAAGAUCAUACAUGCCCCAACUGUGCAGCAACAGAUUCUGGAGGCAAUGAGUGAUCUCCCCAAAAUAAGCAGGGAGCUCGAGGCACUGAUGUUCUCCAUUUACUGCAUCGCAUUGGUUUCUUUGCAAGCAGCGGAUGUUGAAAAAUCAUUUGGAGAAAGCAAAAAGUCUCUCCUAUCAAAGUGCAGGCGAGGAGCUCAACUCGCCUUCAAAAACGCAUCGCUCCUUCGAACUUCGAGCUCGAUGGUUCUUCAAGCUUUUAUGCUGUAUCUACUAUGCAUGCGUUCGUUUUCUGACCCGCAUACCAUCUGGACUCUAUGCGGUAUCGCAACGCGGAUUGCACAGCGCAUCGGCAUCCAUCGCGAUGGAUCUAGUCACGGCAUUUCAGUAUUCGACACUGAGAUACGUCGCCGCAUCUGGUUCCAGCUCAUGAUCAUAGACGCUACAUCUGCACAAUUCUGUGGUGUAGCUUCAACGCCCCUACCAGGAGCAAUCGAUGUUCAACCGCCAAUGAACGCAAACGAUAGCGAUCUUGAUCCACGCAUGACAGAGCCAGCCUAUGAAAAGGAAGGACCUACAGAAAUGAUAUUCUGCCUCGCUCGAAGUGCAUUCGGAAAAUGGCUUCAUCGUUGGUCAAAAGAAGCUGAAGGAUCAAAUACUGGUCCAUGGGCUUUCCUCACUUCGUCGUCAAUGACCCUCAGUGAGAAGGACAAAGCAAUUGAUGAACUCGAAGCACACAUGGAGAAUAACUUUUUCCGCCAUUGUGAUAAAUCCAUUCCUCUCCAUAUCGCAACUUCCAUGAUGGCAAGUUCGGCUAUACACUACACCCGACUAAUGGCACAUCAUCCUCGUCAAUACUCCGAUCCCUCUUGCAUCCCCCAAUCAGAGAAAGACAUCAUAUUUGAGCACGCUCUGAAGAUGACAGAACAUGCCGACUACGCUCAAACCUGCUCUGCUGUACAAAAGUACUCCUGGCACAUGGUGAACCACGUGCCAUGGGAUGCUAUUAUCCUGAUACUCUCCGACAUGCGACAUCGACGCGACCCAGAAGAGAAAAGCAAAGUCUGGCACUUGAUAGGAAACGUAUACUCUCGCAAUCUUCGCGAGAGCAAGGGCAUCCAAACACCUCUUCAUAGGGCGAUCCAACAUUUGAUUGUAAGGGCUUGGCGGGCAUACGUUGAAGAGUGUAACCAACAUCAUCGCACUCCAACGCCUUGUCCAACAAUCGUUGCCACAUUGCUAGCCAACGCGAAAGGCACUCAUGAGUCACAACCUGUAGGGGAUAUCGUGACUGUGGAGAAUGGGCCGUCACAAGACCAACCCGAACACGACUUUAGGACGGCACGGUUUGACCCGGAGGCUGACGGUUUCGAGUACUUGCUUGGCGACAGCCCGAUUGAUUGGAAUGAAUGGGAUACUCUACUCAAUCAAUUCCCUGCCAGUCUGACAGAUGAUGCAAUAUAA